ACCUUUCGGAGGAUUACAUUGAGUCUAUAUGUACAGUGGUGGUGCGCAGGGUACUUGCAGUUCGAGUUAAACAGCCGGUGCGUGAACAGUGUGCAGUGCGAUCGUGUUUUGAGCAGCCAAUCCAAGCAGCAGCAGCAGCAGCAGCAGCAGCAGCAGCAGCAGCAGCAGCAGCAGCAGCAGCAGCAGCAGCAGCAGCAGCAGCUUCAGGCACCAGCAUGUGGUUCCUGAGGCUCCUGGUUUCGGUUCUGCUGGUGGCGGCGGCCUGCGGCUUUCCACAGCGUUUCCAUGGAAACAGGUUUGGCGGAAGGUUUGGAAACCGCGGAGGAGGAAGGUUUGGAGGACACAGGAGGCCCGGACUCAUAGUCGCACCACAAGGGGGCAGAUUCCCCAUCAUCAACGGCCUAUUAAACAAUCGCUUCAACAAUGGCUUCAACAAUGGGUUCAACAACGGAUUCAACAACGGAUUCAACAAUGGGUUCAACAACAAUGGAUUCAUCGGCCGCCCUAGCACAAGCACGGGCUCAGCCUCAGCGAACGUGAUUAAUGGACAAACGUCCGGCCUGGGGGGCAACUCAGCCGUCAACGGCGUCAGCGUCGCCGCCGGAGGUUCAACGACCGGCAAUGGUGUCAGUAUCAACAACGCGCACGCUACGAACCUUCAAGUGACGGGUCCUUUUGGAGGCAUGCUGUCAUUCUCCAAUGCAGGAGCGACGUCAAAUCAGUUCGGGGGCUAAAAGCUACAUGCUAUUUUUAUCUGAUAUCACUGGAGGCUAUUCUCCAAACUCGCAAGAGAGUGAAGACGCUGCGCAGGACCGGCCAGUCGCUAGCCGCUAGGCCUGCCUAAGUGAUUUUGCAGGACGGUUUUACCAGCCGUGCUCUGAGUGGCAGCGAUGUCUUGUGCUACGUGCACAUCACGCUGAGAUGGAUUGGACGUCAUCGACUCAUGAAUAGACUCAUGAAUAGAUGCACAUCUGUUUUACAAUGUGGGAAAAUACGCGGUAGUUGUGCAUGGUAAAUGAACGCUGCAGCCUUGAGAGUGGAUGCGUGGCAAGUGCACAUGUCGCAUGGCUAUUGAUGACAAUAAAAUGAGCCCUAUUGA